AUGAAAUCGGGACCCGCCCGACGGCGCAUCCAGAGCUUGCAGGUCAGCAAGUGCAGCUUGGGGUGCCCCAUUCUCGACGCCUUCCUGGGGGGCGGGCUAAGCAGCGGCAGCAUCACAGAGCUCGUGGGGGAGGCCACCACCGCCAAGACACAGCUGUGCCUGCAGGCCCUGGUCCACGCCCGCCUCUCCCUCGGUGGCUCCGGCGUGUACAUCUACACCGAGGGCGACCCGCCCCUGGACAGGCUGCACCAGCUGGCCCAGGCGGCCGUGGCACGCCGCAAAACCCCCCUCUCCGCCGGCGACGUAGUGGCCGGCGUGUUUGUGGAGCGCGGCGUCGACUGCGGCGAGGCCCUGCUGGCCAGGGUCAAGGCCCUGCAGCCCUUGCUGGCCCGCGUCGCGGGCACCCCAGCCCCCGUGCGCCUGCUGGUGGUCGACUCCCUGGCCGCCCCGCUCCGCGACCUGGGCCCCAGCCCCGGCCGACGCGAGCUCCUGGCCCGGGCGCAGACCUUCUUCCGCCUCGCGGCCGCGCUGCGCGCGCUGGCGGAUCGCCACGGCUUCGCGGUGCUGGUCACGAACCAGUGA